GGCUACAAUCGUUGGAUAAAAGGAGACAUUUUCGGAGAUUCAAGGUGAACGGUUAAAAUUCUGCGUUAGACAUUCGCCAACGAGAACCAACUAACAAGAGCCGUCAAGAAAAGAAAAGAAAUAGGUCGAAAGCUUAAGACACAAGUUCAUGUUACUAAAAAAUACUUAGUUUUAAUUCAGUUCCAGCCAUAUUAGUUGAACGUGUCCAGUUAAAUCAACCGUUCAUGAGGUAUCCUAACGAUGACAGCUGUUUUCAAGAGAUAGAUAACCCAUAACCUCGGCGAGCAAUCAAAGUGAAGUUUAUAUACAUGGCAUAAAACUGUUAGCCAUGGCAGACAAGCACAGCCUGAACUAUGAUGUGAGAGAGCUGAAGCUAGGAGCCAGCUUCACUAAUAACAAGUCUUCUCAGUACCACACCAUUAAAUAUGACUUCAAACCUGCUUCAGUAGAUGUUAACAAAAUGGCUACAGUGGAUGUAGGCAUCAAUAACCAAGUGACUGUGACCGUGCCACAUUUGGAUGGUGCUGGAGUUCCACAAACUGUAUUCAAAGGCAGCCAAAGACCGUACACGAAGGAAUGCGUGCUCAUCAUAGACAGAGUCACCGGGGAGAUAACCCUGGAGAAACUCUCUAGCAAUAUACAGGUUAAGAAGACAAGACAAGAGUCGGCGCAGAAGCCGCGGCCGCUGACACCGGUGACCAGCGAGCUCACCAACACCACGCAGCGCUCCACGAGCCGCACGCGCGUCGCCACAAACCGCCGCACACAUAACACGGCGGCGCCGGCGCCGGGCGGCCAGGCGGCUCGCUACGGCGGCGCGGGCGCGCAGAAGACGCCGCCCAACAUGGUGCGCUCGCCGCAGCGCGUCAAGACCUCCCCCCCGCAGGCCGCGCCAUGGUCGGGCGGCGGCAACAGCACGCUGGCCUCGCUGCCUAUGAUCGGGCUCGACGAGCUGGCGGGCCCCGCGCCGGCGCCGGCGCCGGCGCCCGCGCCCGCGCACAACGGCUACAGCGCGCACGCGCCGGCGCUCCCGCCCGCGCCCGCGCCCGCGCCCGCGCUGAACGGCUACGCGGCGCACGACGCCCACCCGCGCGCCCCCGCCGAGCCGCGCCCCGAGCCCCGCCCCGAGCCGCGCGAGCCCCGCGUCGAGCACCGCGCGCCCGAACACAGGCCGCCCAACCCGCAGAUCAAUGUCCACCCGCCCGCGGACGACAGCUCGUCGUCGUCGUCGAGCGACAGCGACUCGGACAGCGGCAGCGACAGCGACGACGACUCCGCGCCGCCGCCCGCCAACGCAGGUCCAGGUCCCACGCUGCCCAGCGAGCUGCUCAACGACGAUCUCUGCCUCUCGGAAUCCGGCAGCGACUCCGACUGACCUCACGGAAACGCUUUUCCUUUCACAUUCGCUACGGACACGCCGAGGCGGCAAGCGUGAUGUUUGCUGCGUAAGUUAUCUUAGGCUGGCACUUCACUACGCCUUAUAUGCCCGAGUUUGUUGUUGCAUCUCUUUCCUUAUUGUAAAAAACAUAAGAGAUGCAGAGUAUUUGCGCACAUAAGGCGAAGUGAAUUGCCAGCAUUAGGCUUGAGGUAAAUGGCAAGUGUCAAGUGUGUUGUUGACUGUUCUGAUUUUCACAUAAGGUUAAAUUUGCCUAACUUUUAAACAAGGUUUUCUGAUCUACUACCUCGGCCUAGGUAUCAGUAAUAGAAUCGAAGUUACGCUACAGCGCCUACAGCGGCUAUUAGGUUCUUAUGACUAAUUUUAUUGUUUAAAAGUUCGAAGGCACCUAAUUAGUAAUUUUCGAUGCGGUGGGAUUGUUAUGUUAAUUGAAUGUUUUUGCCGUAUUUAUUGCAUUUCUUGCGGAAAAUGAAUUGAUAUACUUAUUGACGUUUUCGUCCAAAAGUUUGGCAUUUUAAUGAUGACGGUUGUGUGCAGUUCUGAAUAUAAAUGCGUAUCACUUUUUUAUUUAAAUAAUAAUUCGUUCUAUUCGUUCAUUGUUAGUAACCAUACAAUCAGUUUAAAUGCCUUGACGCUUGCCAUGAUUUCGGCACUUGCCUGCAUUUGCCAUAUACGCGGCUAUCAUUAUUACAUUGAUGCAAAUUCGUACGUCGCUCCGGUGUAUCAGCGUGACAGCGCUAUGCGCGUAUAUAGCAAUGUCUCGCUCACACAUCGUAUCGCAUCUCUAUUACGCGCGAUAUUUGGCCGGUGCCCUUCUAAGUGCCACUCUUAAAUAGUAAGUAACGGUACAUAAUCUGAAUAAGUUGAUUAAUAUUAGUCAUUUUAGCAAAUCACAACUAAUAUCAGUUAUGUAUUCGUGACGUAACAGAUAAAAAAAUGUGCCUCAAGUUUAUACAGAUACUUAUAUUUUAUGCCAAUAUUGUAAUACAUUUACAUAGAAUACGCCAAGAUUGUUUAUACUUUAUAGUAAUAAUGUUAUAUCUUAACAUUACGUUUUAUUUAUAAUAUUAUUUUUAAUGGAAUUGCAAUAAUAUAUUUUGUGUACAGCUAGAUGAAGGAAUAUUGGAGGUAUUACGUAAUACAAAUCGAUUUUAUUAUUAUUUAAAGGUGAAUUUGAACAUUCAUUGGGGUCCAUGGCAGAAUUCGAUCUCAGUACUAACCGGGUUAGUCUUGGAAUAUGCCACAAGGUAGAGCGUUUUCACAAAAUAGCAUUUUGCAGCAUGCAACCAGCAUUUUGAACAGUUCCUCUUGAGUUGUCAUGAGUCAUGGCCUGUUAAAAUAUUUAGUUUAAUUGAUCAUGGCACAGUCUCCAGAGAUUAACAGGGCUGAGCAUAUACAUAUACAAGCCUGUAUUCAUCUGGACAAUUUAUAGUUUUAUUCGAUAUCAACAUCAAAAGUUGGAUAGGACGUCUCUCAUUCGUGUGGUUCUUACGUGUUCAAACUGUCCUUUACUAAACUAAAUUCAUACUAAUAUAUCCUGUCUAUUAUUAUCUACUUAAUUCCUAUUCGCGCUGAUCCCAGAGCAAUGCAAUAUUAUUGCAAUCAAAGAGCUAUAGAAUGCAGUUGACGUGUAGUCUAAGAAUAAAUGGCGCCCUGAAUUAUGAUAUCUAAACUAGAUGGCGCUGUAUGGUAUUGUCGAACGUCGACUUUCUAAAAAUCAAAGUAAGGAAUUAUUUGCACUCAUAAAUACUUAUCAGUAAAGAAUUAUAAAUACUCAUUAAAAUAUAUGUAGUCCAUCUACGAUAGCAAUAUUCGUCAUUAUUUCUUUAAAAAAUGACAUCUACGGUGAGACCUCCAUACUCUAUCACUGUAAAGUCUCAGCAGAAUUAGCUUUGUCCAUUUCUACUCAUACUGAAUAUAUAUUCAAAUUACAUAGUUUGGUUUAGUUAAUGGUUCUGUUUAACCUAAGAGGACAAAACAUUUCAUAUUACGAAUUUAGAUAUAAGAAUAUGGGAAUCAUGUUUCUGAUUGUAAAAGGUUAUUGUUUGUUGCGUAUGUACUAGCAAAACCUGAAAUUGUGUGCCUUCAGAGAAUUUGGUUGCUAGUGAAGUGUGUUGCCACAUAUAGUUUUAUAAGUGUUAAGAAAUAAGGCCCGCAAUUCGGUGGAACAAGUUUUGAAUAAUCAUAUUAAACUACAUACUUUUAAAAGUAAUAAAAUUCUCAAUCUGUGAAAGAUAAAUAACUAAAUCUUUAUAUUUUGACCUUGUUAGUAUAAACAGUGUUUGUAUAUUAUGGUUUAAAUUAUACAUAUUUACAUGCGGAUAAAACAACUGCGUAGCAGACAUUGAUCUUGUGAAUAAUCAAUAUAAUAAUCAUCCUCGAAAAGUUGAUAUAUUUUAGGUUUUAGUUAAAAAUUGUUUGCUCAAUUUUAGGUUUUGCCGAAUAUUUUAUUUAUAUUAUACACGUGUCAAAGUUAUAUGUGCUUCCAAGCCACGUCAUAGUACACUAACUUUUGUAAAUAGUUACAGUACAAUAACAAUAAUUGGACUAUAACAUCUUUUUUAAUAAAUAAAAUAAUGUUUUGAA